CCGAGAUUCAAAAGCUCCAUUACCUUGUAAUUCAACUGCCUAAAGAAGAACGAGGAGGAAGAAGAAGGAUAUGGGUGAUUAUGGUCCAAGGCUAGUGGUGUCUGUAGAUGUGAAGAAGAACCCAUGGCAACAGAAACUUCCACUUCACAACCGGUGGCACCCGGAGAUACCGCCGGUGGCGGAAGUCAAGGUGGAUGAGCUCUUCAAAGUCGAAAUGGUGGAUUUUAGUGGCGGAGCAAUCACCAAAGACUACUCUGCUGAAGACGUUAAACAUGCUGACAAUUCCUGUGUAAGUCCUCUCUCUUACACACACACAUCUUUGACUCGUCCCUGAGUUUUGUAUUGGAAAAAUUCACACCAGACCCAGUUGACAGAACACAAUAAAGGAGCGAUAUUUUCAACUUAGCCUUCGGUUUGGAAAUUGCGUCCUUAAUGGGCAAGAAAGACAAAUUAGUUUCUUGUCCUUUGUCUUAUCUUUUUAUCUUUUUGUGUACUUUUCAACGGUUGCUACUUCGAUUAGAGGAGACUGGGGAAUAAAAGAACCUAGCAGAACAAACUCAGUUUCCUAAGUUUCUGUGUACUUGUAGUCAUAAUUCAUGGCUCCUUCUACUCCAAGACUAGUUGUUCCGAUAGACUUGAAAAAAAAGGCAUGGGAUCAAAGUUUACCUCUUCACAACCGGUGGCACCCACUUAUCCCCCCAGUUGCUGAGGUUCACACGGAUGAGGUCUUUAGGGUUGAGAUGGUGGACUGGACUGGAGGAGUUAUUGGAGAUAACCACUCUGCCACUGAUGUCCAGUUUAUUGACCUUUCAAUUACUCAUUAUCUGAGUGGCCCAAUUAGAGUUGUGGACAAGGAUGGGGUUCCGGCCAUGCCAGGGGAUCUACUUGUAGUUGAGAUCUGCAACUUAGGCCCUCUCCCAGGAGAUGAAUGGGGCUAUACUGCAACAUUUGACAGAGAAAAUGGAGGUGGUUUUCUUACUGACCAUUUUCCUUGUGCAACCAAAGCUAUUUGGUAUUUUGAAGGAAUAUACGCAUACUCUCCUCAAAUCCCAGGGGUUCGAUUCCCAGGUCUAACUCAUCCUGGAGUUAUAGGAACUGCACCAUCUGCAGAACUUCUGAACAUUUGGAAUGAAAGGGAAAGUCACGUUCAAGAAAAUGGCCUUCAGACUUUAAAGCUUUGUGAGGUUUUGCAUUCACGGCCAUUGGCCAACCUACCAUCAGCAAAAGGCUGCGUUCUUGGAAAGAUCAAAGAAGGCACAGAAGAAUGGGAAAGAAUUGCCAAUGAGGCUGCAAGAACAAUUCCAGGAAGAGAAAAUGGUGGAAACUGUGACAUCAAAAACCUCAGCAGAGGUUCAAAGGUCUACCUUCCAGUAUUUGUGGAAGGGGCAAACUUGAGCUCAGGUGACAUGCACUUCUCUCAGGGGGAUGGUGAAGUUUCAUUCUGUGGAGCAAUUGAAAUGAGCGGUUUUCUAGAGCUUAAGUGUGAUAUUAUAAGGGGCGGAAUGAAAGAGUACCUCACACCCAUGGGGCCGACUCCUCUGCACGUGAACCCAAUCUUUGAGAUAGGUCCAGUUGAACCAAGAUUCUCAGAGUGGCUCGUAUUUGAAGGCAUCAGCGUUGAUGAAAGUGGGAGGCAACAUUUUCUUGACGCGAGUGUAGCUUACAAGCGCGCUGUUCUCAACGCCAUCGACUACCUCCACAAAUUUGGGUACUCAAAGGAACAGGCUUACCUGCUGCUGUCGUGCUGCCCAUGCGAAGGAAGGAUCUCCGGGAUUGUGGAUGCGCCUAAUGCUAUGGCUACCCUGGCAAUCCCCACCGCCAUUUUCGACCAGGACAUUCGCCCGAAGGCGAGCAAAGUUCCAGUUGGACCUCGUGUACUAAAAAGGCCAGACGUCCUGAAAUGCAGCUAUGAUGGGAAUUUGCCCAUCACCAAGAACCCCAGCGCCACAUCUUAAAACAUGGUGGAUCCUUUCAGCUUCUUCUUGGGUUCCUAAAAUAGACGCCAACUAUCAUAGAUCUCGAGAAAUUACCCCGAGCUUUUUCUGCCAGAAUUCUGCCAUUCUC